UCAAAACAAGCAUUCGGCCGCCAAUUUUUCUACUCCGUUUCUUGUAAACUCGAGAAAAAUCAACAGAACAGUGAUUGUCCAAUCGCUAUAUGCUUGUUUUCGAACAAAACGAGGAUCGCCCCAAUGCGAGCUGCCUUCCUGUUUUGAAAACUGCGGCCGUUGAAAAUCAAAACUGAACUGCUUAGGGUUAAAUACAAGGUAAAAUUCAUUUUCUUUCCAUAUUUGAAUUUGAGCAGUUUUUGAACUAACUUGUCUUUAAUCGGAGAGAAUCCCACUUGCAAUCCAAAAUUCCACCAAAAUCCUCUCUAGUCUCUUGUUUUGGAACUUUGAACUCAGCGAGCGAACCCAAUCUCAAUGGACAUUGCUUUCAAUUCUUCGAGGUUACUUCGCUUCAACAAAAUACCCACUACUCCGCUCAUCUUUCCCCCUCAUACUUGUAAGAUUUCAGUAUUCCAAACCAAGCGGUUCGCUCCAAUGGCUGCCAUUACAGCCUCCCGUGCUGUUGGACUGUCCGAAACAUUUAACAAGUUGAAGGAACAAGGCAAGGUUGCAUUCAUCCCCUACAUCACUGCUGGUGAUCCUGAUCUUUCUACCACGGCUGAAGCGUUGAAGGUUCUUUCCACUUAUGGAUCAGAUAUAAUUGAACUUGGUGUUCCGUAUUCGGAUCCCUUGGCAGAUGGCCCUGUUAUACAGGCUGCAGCUACUCGGUCCUUGGCUAGGGGGACAAACUUUAGUGCAAUAAUUUCUAUGCUGAAGGAGGUGAUUCCUGAACUAUCUUGCCCAAUUGCCCUUUUUUCAUACUAUAACCCGAUUCUUAAGCGUGGCAUUGAGAACUUCAUGAUGACAAUUAAAGAUGCUGGUGUACAGGGGCUUGUUAUUCCGGAUGUUCCUCUUGAGGAGACUGAAAUUUUGAGAAAGGAAGCUGUGAAGCACGAUAUUGAAUUGGUACUGUUAACUACACCGACCACGCCUAAAGAUAGGAUGAAAGCCAUUGUGGAAGCUUCGGAGGGAUUCAUAUAUCUUGUGAGCUCCGUUGGAGUCACCGGUGCCCGUGCAUCAGUGAGUAAUAGGGUUCAAACUCUCCUAGAGGAAAUUAAAGAGGUAACAGAAAAACCAGUAGCAGUAGGUUUCGGUAUCUCGAAACCUGAGCACGUGAAACAGGUGGCUGGCUGGGGGGCAGAUGGUGUCAUCGUUGGCAGUGCUAUAGUGAAGCUGUUGGGUGAAGCCAAGUCUCCUGAAGAAGGAUUGAAGGAAUUAGAAAACUUCACCAAAUCCCUAAAAUCUGCACUCUCACAAUAAGAUUUUUGAUGGAAUAAACCAGGCUGUUCCUUUCAUCUCUAUGUCUGCUAGUGGCUUUCAAAGAUUUCUUUUUCCUUUCAACAGAAUAAUAAGACUGUGAGUUCAUAUUUUCUUGGAAGGUAUUUGCCAUUGUUUAAGUUAUUGUAAUGAGAAUAUUUUCUAGUAUUUUCUUUCAAUGAAUUCUGUUCAAAGCU